CAGACACCAAGACAACCAACGACGGGACACAACGACUACGAAACCGCACCGGCGACCAUCGUCCGUCCCACCGUCUGCAGUUGCAGUCAGCCACGGUGCUUACGGUCGAGCACGCGACAUUCCGGCUACGCGGGGGAUUCCCGGCGUUUCCCUUUGGGCUCUAGACGCGUUUUCACGUCGUUCACUAGCCUGUCGGCCGCGUCGGGGCACGUCAACGGUGAGUCACAGGUGCCACGCUGCGCAGGUUAAAUCCGACGCGAGAUCAGAGCCCCAAGGGGGGAAAAUAGAGCUAGACGCGACCGACCACGUUUCGCGAUCGUGCCUCGUGCCUUUUAGACGUCCAGGUGACAUCUCGCCCGAGUGAUACGAAGACAGUGAAGUUAUCCACCGGAAGAAGGGGGUUAUCGACGAGUGACAAGAGUCACCAAACAGAACCUCGUCGUCGAUCGCGACGGAAAUCGUCAACCACGGAUCGCUGGGGGAGAUCCAGCUGAAAAGAAUUGUUGGGAUUCCAAGAUCUCGUUUGGAUCGUCGAGAAGAGAGACAACUACGCUCGUGGAAGGAAAAGAUCGACGUUUCGUGGAAGGGAGCGCAGGGUGGAAGGCGCAGUGGUUCUUGCAUCAGAGAAGUCGAACAACGUUUACACGGUCGUGAAACGGUGACACGGAGGGGGUUUUACAUGCGUCAUCGUCGUGCGGGUACAAAUCGCACGCGACGAAUCGUUUCGACGGCAGUACACGUGCGUGACGACGCGCUCGAUCGGUCCUGCGGAACACGGGGCUUCGAUCCUCUUUCAAGGACGCACGGUGAUAAAUGUGGUGCCGAAGAUGACGCCCUCCACGUUCUCCAAAAUGGUCACCCGGCUCGUUCUGAUGGGCCUCGUCGUCGCGUGCAACGGUGUACCAGUGACAGAAGAGCCCGAUGAACCCACCACGUUGAAAGCUGUCGGUAGCAACGCGACGGUCAUCGUCGAUCCUGAGAUUCAGGGUCACUCGAUGGAUGACAUUCUGCCUGGAACGAAGGCACCACCGCCAACCCCGGUGACAUUUGUGGAUGCUCCAGUCCACACGGAAACGGAACUGGGUUCGUCGGUGCUGCUGGCGUGCAGAACCGCCAAUCCUGUGGCCGAGUGCCAAUGGUCCUGGCAGCCAUUGCCGCCCGUUCAUCUGCCGCUUCCGGAUAUCAGUGAAAGCCCAGCGACUUCGACGUCCACUACGGUAUCGGUGAUUCAGACGACAACCACGCCGACUACCAAUCCGCUGCCGGUACGACUAUUUCCUGCCUUCGGGAACAAUAGCAACGACUGUUCCGUAAGAUUCUCGAGUACGAAACACGAGCAGACCGGAUACUGGACCUGCGCCGCGAGAACCUCCACGAACGAUCCUUUCACCAGCACAGAACCUGCCAAGCUGAGUAUCGUCAAUGAGAAUAAGGGUGUCCUGGUAGCGUUUGCGAAAUACGAUAACGUCGUGGAGGUACCAGCAGGAUCCUCAGCGCAGAUAAUGUGCCAGAUGAGGUCACCUGUCCGCGAGUGUCAAUGGUCCUGGCGGCAGUUGAACCAAUCCCAGCCGUGGAACCUUGAGGUGAAGCGAUUCCCAGCUUUCGGCAACGACAGCACAGACUGCAGCAUCAAGUUCAAGAACGUAUUGCCAGAGCAGGAAGGUUACUGGACCUGCGGCGCCAGGAUCGAUCCGAACUCCUCGUUCACUCAGUCGAAUCCCAUUCGGUUUCUCAUAUCGGAAGUCGAAUUCGUACAGUUGUCCAGAGGUAUUCAAGUGGCGCCAGGUGAGUCCGUGCUGCUCAGGUGUCUGGCGAACAAGCCGGUGGUUCAGUGCGAGUGGUCUUGGAGGGCCUCGAACUCGAGCCAGGAGCCAUUGCUGGUGAAGAAGUUCGACCCGAACAAAGACGCCGACCACGACUGCUCGGUGAGAUUCAAGAAUAUCUUAUACGAGGAGGAAGGGCUCUGGACGUGCGGCGUUCGAUUGUCACCGGAAGGAAUCCUUCACGGGGCACCUCCUGCGACUGUUAGCCUCCUGCCCACAGCCAAAGUCAGCAUCGUUGAAAUGCCGACGGACACCUCCGCGGCGAUCGGUACGGAGGCCACGUUGAAAUGCGUAACGAGCAGCCGCGUCGAGAAAUGCGCGUGGAGCUGGAAACCGCUUCACGGAAACGAUCCAGAAGUCGUUGUUCAGGAAUUCCCGAGCAACGGCGACCUUGGGAGAGAUUGCUCGCUCACACUGUCGCGCGUGUCCACCGAAAAUCAGGGUCAGUGGGCCUGCCAGGUGUCGAUUAGCUCCCUCAACACGGUGCAGACCUCUCCCUACGUCAAGCUGACCGUCUUCGAACAAGACGAGGUGAAGUUCUCGGAGCUCUCGCAGGACAUCCAAAUCUCGUCCGGUGGGACCGUUCUUCUUCGGUGCGUGACGUCCUCGGCGGUGGAGCAGUGCCGAUGGUCGUUGACGCCCGUGAACUCGAACACCACGGUGGUGGUUAAGCAGUUCCCAGCAGCCGGAAGCGAAGCCAGGGACUGCAGCGUCAGACUGAGCCACGCUCUGGCCGAGCAGGAAGGACUCUGGACUUGCGGCGCCAGGAUACGCGGCAGACAGAACUACACGGACGCGCCGCCUGCGAAGCUGAGCCUCCUGGAACCAGAACCAGUGACUAUGGCACUAUGGGCUAUUCCCCAUCAAAUGGUCACGCUUGCGUGCAAAGUGGAAGGUGUGCUGUCGGAAGUGCAGUGCCACUGGAUCCAUGCGCCGAGGAUCCAUAUUUAUCAGAACAUGACCAACACCAAAAGGCACAGUAUACAGAUGGACUAUGGUACAGGGAUAUGUAAAUUGCAAUUCAAACCUGACCAUUCGGAUUUGGGCCAAUGGACGUGUAAAUUUACGACUGCUAACGAAUACGGUGACGAAGAAUUGGGAAGCGCCUCUCUAGUCCUAUUGAAUAGCUUAGCUGAUGAAAAGCUGGGGUGGAUAGUAGGCGCUUUGACUGCCAUGAUUUUGUUCCUGAUGAUUAUCGUGGUUGUUUUGGUAGUUUGCAAGGCACGCCUAUUUGUUAGGAAGUCAUCGCGAAUCCUGGAGACUGUGUCUCCGUCGGAAAAGAAACAAAAUAUACGACUAAACGGCGAACGGUAUUCCGAAGAUCAAAGAAAAACUGACAUACAAAUUCUAGCCCAAGAUAAUCAAAAUGUAUUGAACAUUGAUAACAUACUACCCAACAGAAGUCCACAUUUGUACGAACGGGUUGAGAAAUAUAGGAGAUCGUCGAAAGUGUACGAAAAUAUUCGAAUGUGAGAGGGCUCGAUCUUGUUUCGAACCCAAUUGUAUAAUAAAAUCAAAACUACUUUGUAAUGUAAAUAGAGUUUUAAACAAAUAUAUAUGUGACAUUUAUAA